AGCAUAUUGCAAUUGAGCUUUUCAUAUGUAUCUAGGUUUAUAAAGCUGAAAAAGCUGGAGAACCAUUAGAAGCCAGUUGACGACUACAAGAAGCACAUCAACACCAAACGGUCAAUUAUAAAUUAUAUUAUUUUCCAUUUAUUAAAUUAUUAUGGAGAAUGAAGCAAACAUAGAUUCACCUGCCAGCAAAGUGCCCGAUUGGGUGCAGGCCGAUCUCUUUUUAGAUGUGUUAAAAGAAUCUGUUAAAGGGUUCUCUAAAAUCAAGGACUUCAAGGCCAACAGCGGAACGUCAGCAGGUGAAAACUAUGCGACGAUCAUGCUGAGAGUGAAUAUAGAAGUUGAACUGGAAGAUGGCAAAGACAAAUCUGUUUCCUUUAUGUUAAAACUUCCGCAUCAGUCGGAAAUGUAUCGACAAAUGUUGGAGCAUAAUAAUAUCUUUGAGGUAGAGCGCAAUGUGUAUGAUGCAACUAUUCCCGAAAUGGAGCAAAUGUACCGUGAUGUCGGAGUUGAGGUCAAAUUUGGCGCUAAGUCAUAUAAACUGAAGGAUGCCAGGACGGAAUAUGUCCUCCUGGAGGAUCUGACUCCCCAGGGAUUUAAGAACAUGAAUCGGAUAGAAGGACUGGACCAGGCUCACACUGAAUCAGCACUACGAAAGUUGUCCCAAUGGCAUGCAGCCUCCGUUGUGCGCGUGGCAACUAAAGGACCAUAUCCAGAUAAUUAUAUUGCUGGAUUUUUUACGGAGAAAAACCGUCCGAUGAUAACAGAGAUGAAUAAAGGGCUACAAGAUAAUUUUUUGAAAUGCUGUGCAAAAUUCGAGGGUAACGAGGAAUACAUCGAGCAAGUGAAAGCGGUAGAAUCCAAGGUCACCGAUCAGGUUAUUAAAAUGUCCGAACUAGAUAUCUCUGACAUCAAUGUAUUAAAUCAUGGCGACUUCUGGAGUAACAAUAUGAUGUUUUCACAUGAUUCAUUUGGAAACAUAAAAGAUAUAUAUAUGGUAGAUUUCCAGAUUCCAAAGUACGGAAGUGUAGCCCAGGAUUUGUACUAUUUUUUGAUGACAUCCACCAAGUUAGAGGAUAAGGUGAAUAAGUUUGAUUAUUAUGUCAAGUUCUAUCAUGAAAAUCUUGUGGAACAUCUGAAACUUCUGAAGUAUGCAAAUGCAUUGCCAACUCUAAGACAAAUUCAUAUUUUACUUAUCAAAUAUGGUUUCUGGGCGUACAUUACCGCAACAGGUGUCAUGAGCGCAGUUCUGGUAGAUCCCACAGAAAAUGCUUGUAUGGAAAACUUUAUUAGUAACUCAGCUGAGGGCAACGAAUUCAAGACGAUGCUUUACUCCAAUCCUCGAUAUCAGAAGCAUAUAAGUAUCAUCAUGCCCUGGUUAUUAAAUCGUGGUGUUUUGGAAGAUCUUUAACAUUCACAAUGAAUUUCAUAUUUUCAGGUACACAAGUAUAUUGUUGAUAAGUUUUUAUCAUUAUCAGUUCUGAUGCGUCAUACUUGAUAAGUUCAAUAGCGAAACUAAUAGUUUAAUAACGAUAAGAUAAAUAUGUUCAAGUGUUAUAAGCAUUAAAAUGAUUUUGAAAACA